UCCAUCUGGCUAUCCUCUCCUCGCCGACACCCGGGACCCACAUGGCAGCCACCCGCUCCCCGCCCGCCGCCGCCAGCGGCGACCACCACCGGUUCCUCCGCCCCGGCGCCCUCGCCCGCCUCCGCGACGUCAGGCUCCGCCGCGGGAGCCGCGCCUCCCGCCUGGCCCCGCCCUCGUCGCCGGCGACGGCGUCCCCCGCGUCACCGCCUCCUCCUCCUGCGGCUGGCGACGGCGAUGGCGGCGCGGCCGUGCCGUACUUCGUGCCCGUCUCGAGGAUCCUCGCGCCGCGGUGCCCCCAGCGGAAGAAGCUUGCGGCAGCCAAGUACGCGGUGCUCUUCUCCCCGCCGCCCCCGAGCCCCGAUCUGCCCGUCGAGGCGGCUAUCGAGUUCCUGAGCUCGUCUGACAUGGUGGUCGCCGCGCACUAGAGUGCCUCGCAGUACUGUUGUAUUAGUCGUAGUAGCUUGUAGAUUUGUGGAUCUAUUCCUUGCUUGCUUCCUUAGCUUAGUGAGCUAUAAAAUCUUCCUCGUUUUGUUUGUACUGAUCUUGCUGUGAAAACAAAGAUAAAGAAGAGUGAGUCUGAUAUGAAAUACAUAAUUACAAGAAAUUGGGGAAAUAAACC